CUAACACGCAUGUUAGUUACAAGUUUUACACCGUGGAUUUUGCAAUGGUUGUCUAUUUUGAAGCCAGAAUAGCUUCGGCCCACAUAAACACAGGCAGUCGAAGUUGACAUUCGAACCAACUGCUGCAAAACCAAACAUCCUUUCUUGCUCGCUUUCUCAGUCAAUGUUUCAUUGCCUGCAAAAAUCAAAAGCUAAUUGCAUUAUAGCCAAGGUGUUUAUUGCUGAAAUAUAUUCGUAUCAGUCCUCCCAAGCCAAGAUUCGUAAAAAUGAGUUUCGGCAUUGAACAAAAGCGUGCAUUUUUCGUGUUGGUGGUUUCAGUCCUCAUAAUUGGUUUUGCCAAUGGUGUAAAACUGGAAGCAUUUCCAAAGAUAUUGAACAGUUCAGGAGAUAACAUCACCUUGCGAUGGGAAGACAUAUCCUCUCCUUCAGGCAAGGACUGGGUGGGCAUUUAUUCCCCUCCCGACUCGGCAGAUGACCGCUUCAUAGGCUUCAUUUAUCUAUCCUCAUGCCCAAAUUGGAAAAAGGGUUCCUGUUCCAUAAAUCUUCCCCUUAUCAAUCUUAGAUCUCCUUAUGAAUUCAGAAUAUUUCAUUGGGACAAUUCUAUCAAUGCAAGACCUGUGCACGGCGAUCGCAAUCCCCUGCCCUCCACUGCUCAUUUCCUGGCCAAAAGCCAGUCUGUCACAUUUAGGAAUCUGAAUGAUCCAGCUCAGCUCCAUCUGGCAUUCACGUCCAAUCAAGACGAGAUGCGUGUCAUGUUUGUGACAAAAGAUGAUCUCAAAAGCUAUGUGCAAUAUGGGCUUGGAGAGGAGGGGCUGGAUGAGGUUGCAGAGGCUGUGUCCAUCACUUACAAGCAGUCGGACAUGUGUGAUGCGCCUGCUAAUACUAAUCUGGGAUGGAGAGAUCCGGGAUACAUUCAUGAUGCUGUUAUGCAGAGAUUGAAGCCUGGAAAGCGUUAUUUUUAUCAGGUUGGAAGCAAUGAGGGAGGCUGGAGUUCAAUUCGGAGCUUUGUAUCUCCAGACAAAGAAUUGGAUGAGACUAUUGCAUUUGUUUUUGGAGAUAUGGGAACAUCUCUUCCAUAUAAAACAUUUCGUUGGACCCAGGCAGAAAGUGAGCUAACCAUAAAAUGGCUACUGCGAGACCUUGAAGAACUUAGGGAUAAGCCUGCAUUUUUAUCUCACAUUGGCGAUUUGAGUUAUGCCAGAGGCUAUGCAUGGUCAUGGGAUUCCUUUUUCUCUCAGAUUGAACCUCUCGCAUCCAAAUUCCCCUAUCAUGUAUGUAUAGGAAAUCAUGAGUAUGACUGGCCACAACAACCGUGGAAACCUUCAUGGGCAAGUUCAGUUUAUGGGACUGAUGGAGGUGGUGAAUGUGGGGUGCCUUAUAGCCUGAAGUUUCAUAUGCCUGGCAAUUCUUCAUUUCCAACAGGAAAUUCUUCUCCAGCAACUCGAAAUCUCUACUAUUCUUUUGAUGUGGGAGUUGUUCACUUUGUGUACAUCUCAACUGAAACAAAUUUUCUCCAAGGAAGUGAUCAAUAUGCUUUCAUUGAGCAUGACUUAAGACAAGUUGAUCGCAUUAAAACUCCAUUUGUAGUUGUUCAAGGUCACCGUCCCAUGUAUACCACAAGCAGCAGGAUAGGAGAUGCUCCUAUUAGGGAAAAAAUGCAGGAGCACUUAGAACCUCUUUUUGUGGAGUUUGGUGUCAAUCUUGUUUUAUGGGGUCAUGUUCAUAGCUAUGAGAGGUUUUGCCCACUAAAAAACUCCUCAUGUGGAAAUAUGGAUAUUGGAGCUAACCUUCCAAUACAUGUUGUGGUUGGAAUGGGUGGAAAUGAAGUGCAACCGCAAUGGCAGCCUAGGCCUGAUCAUCCAGCAGAUCCUAUUUAUCCACAGCCUAUUGGGUCCAUAUAUCGCAGCGAGGAGUUUGGUUAUACACGUAUGCAUGCUACAAGAAGCAAACUGUCAGUUUCCUAUGUAGGUAAUCAUGAUGGACAAGUCCACGAUAUCUUAGAAAUACGCCUGAAAGGCAUUGAGAUAGUCUCUUCUAGCUGGAUUUGGUUUCUAAAAGCAGUUUCCUUAUUCCUGGUUGGAACUUUACUUGGUUUUUUUGGUAGUAUAUUGUACUACUACACAACAGGAAAAAAAUCUCGCAACGUUCAGUGGGCAACACUGAGUAACUCUGACUUAUAGCUACCAUAAUGCAAGGAGGCACACCAAUAUGUAAGUUUAUUCUGUAAAUAACUGCUAGACUUUCCAUUACAGAUUAUUUAAAAAAAAUAAUUAUUUAGCCGCUCUUACGAGGAAGUAGGUGCACUAUAGUUGGCUCUGCUGUAAUGCAUUUACAUACAUGCUGAAUUCUACCAUUGUAUAUGAUGCUUUUUAUUCUUUAAUGGCAGAGGUUCUGCAGUCUUCUUUUUAACAAAUGACAACAAUUGUCUUGAACUUAGCUAAUUAGUACUGAAGCAUUCGAAUCAACUGGUGCUAUACUGCCAUCCAAGCGUCAAGCUUUCUACAUUUCAGACUUUCUCCAAGUCUGUGUUUUGUUCUUCGGCUUAUUAUCAGUAAAUUGUUUUGUUGUUUCUGCAAAUGAAACUCAACUUCUCUGUUCAAGAUAUACAAGAGUGGCAAAAUAUUAUCGUAGUAACAACAGUUCUGUUGAAAAACGAGCACAUUCUAUACUAUUUGUAGGAAGAAGAUGGUAACAAUUACACUAUAACUCUUGCUUUUGAUUUGGGUAUUUACAGAUCAUGUUUGUUUGUUUGUUUGUUUUAAUUGGAAUAGAUCAUAUUUGUUAUA